AUGUCCCGACCAGAAUAUUCAUUCCGAGUGUUUUUCACUCACACCAAAGAUUGUUUUAUUCAAUUACCAGAACAAUUUAUAGUAAACAAUCCAGAAUUUAAUGAAAAAACUGCGAGCGAGUCUGUUCAUGUUUUUAGAAUUAUCGGAGAGCCAUCGAAAUAUAUUGCUUGGAGUUGGCAUACCCACAAACUGGGAGCUGAUAAAAUCGGAAUUCCUUCAACAUUGGCAAAUUAUUUGCAAAUCCAAGAAGAUGAUACCAUACGGAUACAACAAUUAACCAAUGUUUCUGUUUGUGAGAAGGUUUAUGUUCGGCCAGCAACAGUGGAUGAUUCCGAAAUUUUAGAAUUUAAUCAGACAAGCAUUGAAGAAGAUUUGUUGUCUCAAGUUAGGAUUGUUCAUAGAAACAUGAGUUUUCCAUUAUAUGUAAAUAACAAUAUUGUUAUAACUUUGAAUGUUUAUCAAUGUGGAUCGGACGAGAACGAUGACAAUGUUUAUAUCAUCAACAGAGGAACGGAAUUUAUUGUGGAAACAAGAACUCAAUUUGAAGAAACAAAAACUGAGAAAAAGUUUCAUUAUGUCAAAUCAAAGUUAGAAAAGCUUUCUAAUAUUGCCGAUAAAAUUGGAGAGUAUGGAGGAUCGUCAGUUGAGUCUCAUGAUGACAAUAGAUUUGUUUACGUUACUGAAGACAUUGCCUCCGAAAUUGGGCUAGAGAAUGGCGAUAUUGUCCAAAUUUUACACUUAAUUUUUAUUCGGAAAAAUAUUGUUAAAGACGAAGCUCAACAAGCUGCUCAAGAAGAACCUAAAAAUGCGCUUGAAGCAAUGAAAGAAUUCGAAGAAAAAAAGGAGAGAAGAGUAAUCUAUGCUAGAGCCAUUGUUUUGAACAAGUCAAUUACUGACAACCUGUGCUACAUGCCCACUAUUUUUGUUGGAAAGCAUCUCACUUGGAUGCUGGGUGCAGUAGAACAUGCCACGGUAUUUUUGAGAUACAUUGAAGAUCCUAUGUAUCCAAAUCAUGUACAUACCAUUUAUAUGAGGCCUUUAUGGAAUCACACACUCACUAACGACGAUCAAUUUAUGCCUCUUACUAUGGAUAACAACCCUUCAAUAAUCGACUCGUUGGCAGAAUGGAUCAAGCAACGUAAAUCGAACUCUAUUCUUACUGUACCGUCGUUAGUAUUUGGACAACGAAAUGUGAUUGAAUUACCUCGAUUUGGAAAAGUUAUACUGAGCAUUAAUGAAAACAUUAUCAUUCCAUCCAAAUCGCAAGAAGAUGAAGAUGAAAUUCCAACAUUUUCCGAGUUUGUGACAAAAUCUUCCGUUGAAAACAUGUAUUUGUUAACAGGAGACGAACCUACAUACAAUGUUUUUCCAAUAGAAGAGUCUAUUCGAUUGGAGCAUCGUCAUUCUAUUUAUUCACAUAUUCCUGACCUUGUUGAGAUUACUGACAUUAACGAACAGAUGGAAAUGGUGCUUCAUCGUCUUAACGUUGAAUUUUCACCUCAAGCAAUACCAUAUAAGACUCUUUUAAAAUUGUCCCCUCGAUCUCACUGCAACGUGGUGAUUUCUGGUACUGUUGGUAGUGGAAAAACCUAUUACUCAAAAUCAUUGGCUCGCCACUGCAACGUUUAUACUGUUUACAUUUCAUGUGGAUCCAUUGCAGGUGAUAGAGUAGACACACUGAACGCCAAGUUGAACAGCUAUGCACAAGAAGCAAUGAUUAAUGCUCCUUCUCUCAUCAUUUUUGAUGACAUUGAAACAAUUUGCCCUCUCGAACAAGAUGAAGUUUUUCCAGAUAUUAAUGUAAGGGUUGCGGCGUCGACAGUUGUUGAAAUUUUGAAUGCUCUUUCUACAUUUAGCACCAGUCAUGAAAAACGAGUGAAUGUAAUCAUGACAUGCAAAUCUUUAGAAGAAACACACAGCAUUAUUCAAAAUAGUAGACUCUUUGAACAUAACUUGUUAUUGAGUGUUCCAACCAGAGAACAACGAAAAAAGAUUUUCAAGAGAUUUUUGGAGUUUGUGCCAGACCCUUCACUUAUGGGACAGGAAGAAGUUUUUAACUUUUCCAUGUACCACGUUUCUGAACCUACUUUGGAAUACAUUGUUGACAAAACUGAAAAUUACUCACCAGUUGAUGCUAGAAAUAUUUUAGAAAAGAUGAUUAACGUCAAGUUACAAGGAAUGGUUGAACGAGGUCUUUUUCAUCUCCUUGACUCGAGUAUGGAGUUGACCAUUCAAGAUUUCAUCAAUGCUUCCAAAGAUUUUAUUACUCACUCCACAGAAGGAAUUAAAUUGACAAAGAGCACUACUUCCUUCUCAGACAUUGGAGGCUUACAAGAAGUGAAAAAUAUUCUCACAGAGACAUUUAUAUUCCCUACCAAAUACGCUUCCUUAUUUGAAAAUGCUCCAAUCAAGCUACGGUCUGGACUGUUAAUUUAUGGCCCUCCUGGAUGUGGUAAAACUUUUCUCGCCAGCGCUGUUGCUAAAGAAUGUAGUCUUAAUUUCAUCUCUAUCAAGGGUCCAGAGUUGUUAAACAAAUACAUUGGAGCUAGUGAACAAGCCGUAAGAGAUGUUUUCAUGCAAGCAGCAUCUGCCAAACCUUGCAUCAUUUUCUUUGAUGAGUUUGAUUCGAUAGCAGCACAGAGAGGACAUGACAAUACAGGUGUUACAGAUCGAGUGGUUAAUCAAUUUUUAUGCCAAUUGGACGGAGUGGAGUCAAGAUCAGGAGUGUAUGUUCUUGCUGCCACCUCGAGACCUGAUCUCAUUGAUGCUGCCUUGCUGAGACCUGGCCGUCUUGAUAAGUCCGUGUGUUGUGACAUUCCUACCGAGCAAGAACGAGAAGAAAUCUUACAGGUCAUCAGUCACAAGCAAACAAACAUUACAUUUAGUGAAGAUGUGAGCUUUAAAGAGUUGGCAACGCUUACUUCCAAUUAUACAGGAGCAGAUUUGCAAGCAUUGUUUUUCUCUGCCACACUGAUUGCUUUCAGAGAUCACUCGAAACAGAAUCUAGAUGUCAAUGCAAAAAAACAAGACAAUCUUUUUUCAUCGUCAGAGAAUGAUUUUUUCACACUUCUCAAUACCAACAGAAGUGAUGCAAAGAAAGGAAAAUCCUCUCAAAAUUCUGCAUCUGCAGCCAUUAACGAUGAAUUGAGCCAACAAAUGAAACACAUUCAAUCAAGUCUACGAAAAUUUGCAAACCAGGAACAGGAAACAAAGAGAGUUGAUUCACUUGCAAAUAUCGUCCAUGUAACUAGGGAACAUUUUAUGGAAGCUCUAUCGACAAGUAGAGCCUCUUUGAGCCAGGAUGAUAUUGACAGGUAUGACUACAUUUAUUCAAGCUUUAGAGGUCAAUCUGAUGAAGAUUACAUCAACAAGCUACUCAACCAACAAAAACGAGUGACUUUAGCUUAA